GCGGCGGCGGCGGUCGAGGCUGAGGCGGCGGCGGCGGGCGGGGCUCGGCUCGGGCUCCGCGGGCGGGCGGGCGGACAUGGCGGCCAACAUGUACCGGGUCGGAGAUUAUGUUUACUUUGAGAAUUCCUCCAGCAACCCGUACCUAAUCAGAAGGAUAGAGGAACUCAACAAGACUGCAAGCGGCAACGUGGAAGCAAAAGUAGUCUGCUUUUAUAGAAGACGUGAUAUCUCCAACACUCUUAUAAUGCUUGCCGAUAAGCAUGCUAAAGAAACUGAGGAAGAAUCGGAGACAGCAGUUGAGGCUGACUUGACGGAGAAGCAGAAGCACCAGCUGAAACAUAGGGAGCUCUUUCUGUCCCGCCAGUAUGAGUCCCUGCCUGCAACACAUAUCAGGGGGAAGUGCAGCGUGGCCCUGCUGAAUGAGACAGAAUCAGUGUUGUCAUAUCUUGAGAAAGAGGAUACCUUCUUCUACUCAUUGGUGUAUGACCCUUCAGUGAAAACCUUAUUGGCUGACAAAGGUGAAAUCAGAGUGGGCCCAAAGUACCAAGCUGACAUUCCAGACAUGCUACCAGAAGGAGACUCAGAUGAGAGGGAACAAUCAAAAUUGGAAGUUAAGGUUUGGGAUCCCAACAGUCCACUUACGGAUCGACAGAUUGACCAGUUUUUAGUUGUAGCCCGUGCUGUCGGAACCUUUGCCCGUGCCCUGGAUUGCAGCAGCUCUGUGCGGCAGCCCAGCCUGCAUAUGAGUGCGGCCGCAGCCUCCCGAGACAUCACCUUGUUCCAUGCCAUGGACACACUGUACAGGCAUGGCUAUGACCUCAGCAGUGCCAUCAGUGUGCUGGUGCCACUCGGGGGCCCCGUCCUGUGCAGGGACGAGAUGGAGGAGUGGUCGGCCUCUGAAGCCAGCUUAUUCGAAGAAGCACUGGAAAAAUAUGGCAAAGAUUUCAAUGACAUCCGUCAGGACUUUCUCCCAUGGAAGUCCUUGACUAGCAUCAUUGAAUAUUAUUACAUGUGGAAAACUACUGACAGAUACGUGCAGCAGAAGCGCCUAAAAGCUGCAGAAGCUGAGAGCAAACUGAAACAAGUGUACAUCCCAACUUACAAACCAAAUCCCAACCAAAUCUCCAGCAGCAAUGGCAAGGCUGGCCCUGUGAAUGGUGCUGUGGGAACCCCAUUCCAGCCCCAGAGUGCCCUCCUAGGGCGAGCCUGUGAGAGCUGCUAUGCCACACAGUCUCACCAGUGGUAUUCCUGGGGCCCGCCUAAUAUGCAGUGUAGACUCUGCGCGACCUGCUGGCUGUAUUGGAAAAAGUACGGAGGUCUGAAAAUGCCUACCCAGUCAGACGAAGAGAAGUCUCCCAGCCCUACUGCAGAGGACCCACGCGUGAGAAGCCACCUAUCCCGGCAGGCCUUGCAGGGCAUGCCGGUCCGGAACACUGGGAGCCCCAAGUCUGCAGUGAAGACCCGCCAAGCUUUCUUCCUUCAUACUACGUAUUUCACAAAAAUUGCUCGUCAGGUCUGCAAAAACACCCUGCGGCUGCGGCAGGCAGCGAGACGGCCGUUUGUCGCUAUUAAUUAUGCUGCCAUUAGGGCAGAAUAUGCAGACAGACAUGCUGAACUUUCUGGAAGCCCACUGAAAAGCAAAAGCACCAGGAAACCUUUGUCGUGUAUCAUUGGGUAUUUAGAGAUCCAUCCCGCAAAGAAACCUAAUGUAAUUCGAUCUCCACCGAGCCUGCAAACGCCAGCUACCAAGAGGAUGCUCGCCACUCCGAACCACACGUCUCUGAGCAUUCUGGGGAAAAGAAACUACAGCCAUCACAAUGGUCUAGAUGCCUCCAAGAUUCGGAUGGUGAAUUCUCUGAUUUUCGGAAGGGGAGGACAUGAACUCAGAAGCCUGCAACUAGAAACUGUAAAAGAGAUUGCUUUUGUGGCACCGGUUGAUCAGAGGGCAGAAUCUCCAAGUCCACGGGCUUCAAGUACUUCUGAGUAGUCAAACCAAUAGGGAACAUUUUGCAGAAAACAAAAACUUACCUGCUGUGUGUCAGACUGAGCUAUCCCUACUCCAUCCUGUUCUUGAAGACCUGCUACUGUCCCGCUGGUGAUCACAGCCAUGCCUGGAAAGGAGGCAGCCCCUUCAGUGGGAGAGCUCCAUGUACACCCCUUGGAAGCCCAAAGGGGCAAGGAAGAAACUGUAGGAGCACACAGUCUGGAUCUGUGACUCCAUUGUGACCAGUGGCACCUAGCUUCCUUCCCAGAGACCUUGCUGUUCCAGAGUGGACCUGUCUGCGAACUGAGGCAGGGAGCUUCUAGCCUCUUGGCUUCCCAGUUCCCAGUUCCUAGAUGCAGCUGGCUCAGCCAUGGAUGCUGCUGAGAGCCCAGAGCCCCACUGCCCUGCAUGUGUGCACCCUACUGUUUCAUGCUAUGAAAUUAUGUACAGGAGAGACACAGCAUCUUUCUGAGUUCUCUGAGCUCUGAAUUCUCUUUCAGAAUAUGCCAGUGUUUCUGCAGUUCAUAGUACUUCCCUGUCCUUGCUAUUGUGUCUCUUGGCUUUUUCUCAGUAGGCUGCCUUUCUUUCCUCACUGGGGGAAAUUAUACUUUCCAUUUUGCAUCCUGUACAGGGUUUGCUCCCACACUCUGUGGAGCAGGAGGGUCUGGAGAGCAGAAGGUUCUUGACUUUGGGCAACCUGUGAGUGACUCUCAGCAUCUGUUUAGUUACUAGAGAGAAGCUGGGGUGGGAUUGGUUUGCCUUCAGUCCUGUAGAGCUCUCCAGAGAGCAGGUGUUGAUCGUGACAAGUGUGUGCAUCACUGUGACAAGCUGUUGGCUUACGCCCUCUUCCCUUAUAGCUAAACCUGCUGACAAAGCUCUGUAGCUGGGUGGAAGGUUCCUAUAGUGUCACAGAUCCCCCCGUUUUAUUUUAAGUAGACUCUGUCAGGCCUGGGGGUGAGCUAAAAGGUGGAAAUCCUAUUUGUAGAUAUAAGUCUAUGUAGAUGGCUCUGUGUUCCCUUGCUCUUCCAGCUCAGCAUCUUUGUGAGAGUCUGUGUUGAGCCCCUGAAGACCUGCCUAUUUUACUGCCCUGAAUAUCAGCCUUCAGUGACGUCCCAGAUGGCCCCUCUGCCAGCCUCUACACUUAGCUGCAGUCACCAAAGUAACUCCCUAAGCAGAGGACGUGGUCACCUCUCCAUUAGCAGGGACAAGCUGUGAAGCACAGAAUCCCAGGACUGUGAUGACUAAGAGUCUGACCUUGCAACCACCUUGGGGUCUGUGUCUUAAAGCAGCUGGAUAGCUGAUAGCAAGCACUCCAAAUAGGUUGUUGCAAGACAGAGUGGCCACCGCUGGAACUGAAAUCCCAAGAAGAGUAAAUUUGUCACAAAAAUAAUGACAUCUGGAAGUCUGGUUUCCAUGUAGUGGAAAGGAGGGAAUAUGUGGUUGAGGACAUUGGUCAGGGUAUCAGCUGCCUUGUCCUCUCUCAGAGUUCUCUGGGGGAGGAGGUCCCUUUCAUCAUAUGCCUUUACACAGCUAUGACAAAUCCCCACCACUGCUUGGUCAUGGCUUGAGGCCCUGCAGGUGGGGCCUGGGUCAGUGGUGCCACAUGAAAGAGGUGUGGGUGGCUAGCAUUUCACUAUAAUACCCCCAUCAGAAAAGACCCAAAGGGGGGAGCAACUGGCCUUUGAGGUAUUGCCUUAGUUAGGGUUUUAUUACUGCGAAGAGACACCAUGACCAAGGCAACCCUUAUAAAGGCAAACAUUUAAUUGGGGCUGGCUUACAGGUUCAGAGGUUUCAUCUAUUAUCAUAGUGGGAAGCAUGGCAGUGUCCAGGCAGACAUGGUGCUGGAGAAAGAGCUGAGAGUUCUACAGCUUGAUCUGUAGGCAGCAGGAGGAGACUGUGAGCCACACUGGGCAUAGCUUGAGCAUAGGACACCUCAAAGCCCGCCCCCACAGUGGCAUACUCUCUCUGUCAAGGCCACACCUCCUAAUAGUGCCACUCCCUAUGGUGCAAGUAUUCAAACGUAUGCGUCAAUGGGGCCACACUUAUUCAAACCACCAUAGGUAUUCUCUUAAAAAAAGAGAAGGGAUAACACAAUUGUCUCUGACCCUGUCCUGGGUUUGUGUGGCACAUAAACACAGGGAAAAACGCUUGUCUCCCUGUUUACUCUCCUCUUCUACCCUAGCGCAUCAUGAGUGACAGCUAAUCACGCUAACAGUCAGCUACCCUGACUGCUGAGGUCUCAUUCUCUCUACCAGGUCCAGGAGAUCUGGGGAAGGGCCUCAGCAGGGAUGGGAGUGGCACAGGAGGCCUGCCCUAGCCUGCACCACAGUUAGCUUCGGGAAAAGCACAGCUCAUUUUGAGCCCCAUGUAUCCAGAAUGUUCUUUCUCCUCUUGCUUGUGAGAGCUGGCUCUUGCGGCCUCGCCCUCCCCAACACAUAACUUAAGCAUUUUUGCUCUACCUGAUUACUAGGAAACCCAGAACACUGAAGGAAUGUUCCAGGGUAAGUAAGAUAGGUUCCAGGGGACCUGGUCUCUUGUCUUUGCCUUUUUGAGCACUUGGUGUUGAGAGAGCUUCUUACCACAGCCCUCCUGGGCCCGCGAUGUUGCUGUUGUGGGAGUCAAUGGCAUGUCCCAGUUGAUCAGUGAGCAGAGUAGUCAAGCCCAGGCUCUCUCUGCAGGCAUAAGGUCAUGCCAGGUCCCCUGGGAGGACCCAAGAAACUGCUAGGCACCCCUUCUGUCCUCACACAUUGCCACUACUCUGAUGAACUGAGCAUGUGCAAAGUGGGGAACUGAAGAAGGUUGCUGGAAGCCCCCACAGUUCUGCCUUGUCUACGGCCCAGUGUCUAUCACUCAGGGCCCAGCCAGGAGAGCAAAACUUGUUUUUAGGGUUCAGAACUGAAGCAAGAAUAGCAGGAGUGGAGAGCGUGGGCCAGUUGUACAUAGUGAGGAGGCCGUGGGCCACUGCGAAGGAGCCAAAGCCAUGAGGAGUCAGAGUGGGGAGAAAGAACUUGGCUUCUUCCUCCAGCCCUCUGGAUUUCUGUGGGUGCUUCCCACCAGCUGGCUCCAGCCAGAAGCCCCACUACCUGGGAGCCUGAUGACUUAGGACGCAGCAGGGGAGAGAAGGGGGAGGCUGAUGAAGAGCGGCCCUGGGGCGGGGGUACCCCUGUUGCUCUGUUCUUGGAGCAUGGCAAUUCCAUUGCAACACUAAGACCUUGGGGAAGGAGGCAGAGGAGUGGCCUGCUUGGACUUGUAGAUUGUUUUCAUUCUUCUGGUGAGGAAAGCCUUUCUUCACCGUUGACCCUGCUCGUCUUUGGAGGAGUUUGCCCACUAAAGCACCCUGCCUUGUGCUCCCCUCUAGAAAGCCAUGUCCUGGUUUCUGUGUGCACCCCUACCUGUUCCUCUCCUCCCAGUCUCUGGUUUCCCCUUGCCAUGAGCACUAACCAGAGCUGGCCUCUGCUCGGGAAAGCUCUCUCCCAUGCCAUGCCAGUGGCCUGUCUGUCUGUAAGAGAGGCCAUCUAUCUGUCAGUUUGUAUUGUGUUUCCAAUAAAUUUUUGGAAAUCA